CCUGGCGUGAGACUGCUUCCGGAUGAUCCGAAACAGCCGAUACCGCCGACAUCACACACACACGCACAGGUAGCACCACAACAACAAUACCUUACUAAACAUGUACGGUUACAUCAAAGUUAUGGAAGCUAACUAUUUUGUGAUUCUCAGUGGGAUCUGAUCAAGCCCAUGUCCUCCCUCCCAGCCCCGACCGGAGGCGGUGAGGAGGUUCCGGCGUUCCUGCACGAGCUAGUUCCCUUUCGGUGUCCAGUGUGCGGUCACAGCCGCCACUUCCCCACGCUCCGCGAGCUGCGUCAACACCUUCAGCACGAGCACAAGUUCAAGAUGGGGUUUGUGAAACCUCACACCCGAGCACAGCUAUUUGACCAAAAACGAGGUAACAGAGGCAAUUCAAACAGCUCCAAUUCUUCUUCGAAUAUAACUAACAACACUUACGAUCAUACCGGAAGCGUGGACUGGCGGGCCGCCCUGCGCGAGUCCUCCCCUUUGCUCCAGACAUUCAAGAACGAGGCGAACCAACUCGAGAAUGACCUGCUGAGAGCCAAGGAGAUGGAGCUCAAACAUAAAACCAUGUCCAUGCAGACCCUGGCUAAAGGUUCCGGGUUUCGGAUUCCCGAAAACAAGAGACCAGCAGCUGAGAAUUUUGAAAGACUUCACCUCAAUUAUGAAGUGAAAACCAAACAGAAACCUGCCUCAAGUGACUUUCAGAGUUCUGCACAGAACAAGCUCGUUAAAGAAUAUCUUGACAAACAAAAUUGGUUAUACAGUGGACCCAGACCAACAACAACAACGUCGGAUAUCCACAACCAGGACACACUACUUUUAAGGACACCUCUGACCACAGAGCACUAUCGGAGGCAACACCCCAGCGGCCGUGCACCUCAGGAAGGGACAUUCAACCAACCAACGACCGUCGAACACUCUGGGGCCGCCCUGGCCAGGUCAGACGAGUUAUUGAAGCAGAUGGAAGAGUUCGCAGAGGGAAGAUGCAGGCAGCAGAGGCAGAUAAUUGAAGAGCUGGUUCAAGAUAUGCGGACAAAAGAAGUGGAUCUGAACCACUUGGCCACGGAGCGGGAUCGGCUCCAAGAAGACAGGUCCCGGCUCAUGGCCAACACCGAGCGUCUGGUGACCCAGGCGGGUGAGUAUGGCACCAGUGUCCGCCAGGCGCAUGACGACCGGGGAGCUCUUCUAGACAGUGUCAGCGAGGAGCUUGGUAAACUUCGAGAUCUGUCGGAACAAGAGCUGAGAGCGAGAGAGAACGAAGCUAAGACGGCAUGGGGACGCUGUCAGACGGCCGAGUGGGAGCGGGAUCAGCUGUCGGCGGAGACUCAGCGGCUGCUGCUGCGGGCGGACGCGGACACGGAGCGGCUGAGGCGCACGCUUCAAGCAAAGGACGAUCGACUCGCGCAUGCUAAAACCGAGCUGGACAGAGUCAGGUUCGAGCAGGAGUCGGUGCUGGAGAAGACGUUGCGGGUGUACCGAGCAGCGGAGGAGAGCCGACAGGCGGCGCGUGUCGCCAUGGAGACAAAGGAAGGACAGUUGCAGGAGGCGGGCCACCAGAUGGACGCCAUGGCCGCCCUUCACCAACGCCUCGUGGAGCAGUCCAGGAUACUCACUGAGCAAGCUGAUGAGAACACGAGCCACCUCCAGCGACUGUUGAAGGUCAAGGUCGAACAGAUAAAUGAUCUCAUGACACAGCUAGACACGCUUAGAGCUGAAAAACGGCGUCUGGAGGAGAACAGUGGGAGCCUGGCGGAGCUAGCGGAAGGGAGCCAGUCGGAAGUGGCUGGCCUCAGAACACUGGUCGGGGAGAAGGAGGCGGAGCUUAGGACUACACAGGCUCAGUUGGAAGAGUUGAAGAAGUUUCUGCAAGACACGGCAGCCAAGGAACGAAAGGCAAGGGCGGAGCUUCAGAGCUUUAUUGAGGAGUUGAUUGAUCGGACGCAGCGUGCGGAGGCGGAGCUACACACUUUGAAGAGUCUAUCAGCGUCCACUACUCUGAACAACGUCACAACGGUGGAACCCUCCUCCUUAUCACAUGCGGUGGACAGCUCGGAAAGGACAGGGCUUCCAGCGGCGCCAUCGAGGAAUGAUAUACCUUUGAGGAACAGCAGACGAACCAUGACGUCCAACGUCGCCCACCCUCAUACUCCAGCCUGGCGUUCAGGCUUGCCGCUCUUCAGUGACGUCUCUGACACCAACGUCCACAACCCCAAACCACCCAAGGUGCCAUCUGAUGCUUCCCGUAGGCGUAAACACACUCCAAAGACUUCCAGUAGAUAUAAUCGUGAUGAUAUCUCAAUGAAAACAGAGGAAAGAUUACACACUAUUGAUAACUCACAUCGAAGGUCACAGACUCAGCGAAAUAUUGGCUCAGAUGACGAGGAGGUUCAGGACUGGCAAGAGUCAAGUGGGAAAGGUUCUUUGUCAGGUUCAGAAUACAUUCCAAUAAGAGAACGGCAAUCGGAUACUACCGAUAGUAGUGAGAUUGAACAUAAGGAAAGUAUGCCCGAUAGUGACAAUGAAUAUUUAGCGAAGCAAUUAAACAAGCAAUUUUUAAAAACACAUAGGAAAAGAGUGUUAAAAACUUUCCAGUCUGGCUCGAACGAGUCAAAGACUCGCAGGCCAACGUCAGUCGGGCGAUCUUAUAACGGCAAAGACAUGUAUAGCAAAGAAGAACCAACUAAACCAAAUAAAGACAAAAACAAAAUAGACUCCACCAAAAUCAAGCACACCUUAGACAAAUCCUGGGAUCCAACCUACCCGUCUGGUCAUAAGAGUAUGGUAGACCUGUCAGUCAAGAGAUCACAACGGCACGAGGACCGUUGUAGGUCAAGGUCACUGUCUCCCGGUGCCCUCCUUGACGAGCACCCGGGCAGCGAGGAACGGUCGAAAAAGAAAUUGACAGGAACGAAGACUUCUCGAAAUGACGCCGUGACGUCAGACCACGUGACCGAGGACAGCGGGCUGCGCGGUUUAAUGGACGAGAACGGCAUUCUUUGGGACGACAUGGACACACUGCCGGAUGUCUCAGACUCCGAGUUAGGAAGGAUGAGCCCUUCUGGAAGCGAAGCAAUCGCAACCAAAGCAACACACGUUCCAUCACAGGUUACAAAGAGAAUGGUAUCUAGUCAUACAGCUAUACACGUACCACAAGCAAGAUGUACGGAUAUACAAUCUGAAAUGGUCAAACGAAAUACAAGACGAUUGUAUAAUGAUAAUAGCAAUAAAUUAAGUUCUGGUAGUGUAAAAAAGAGCAAAAGCUAUUCGAACUUCAAGUUUAGGCCUAUAAAGCAAGCAUCGUUGGAACAGAAAAGUUUGUCAGAUAAAGACAUAUCAUCAGGCGGAAGAGAGGUUUACAAGUACAUCACCAAGCCUCCUGAAGAAGAAAACUAUGACACUCAUUGCAUCAGUGGUUACUCACCAACAUUGUCCAGGUCUGAUAUGUCUUUGUCAGUCCGGUCAAAUGACGAUGGAAAGAGCUAUCGAAAUGUAGAAUCACUUCAGGACAAAAUACAGAGAAUUUCAGAAAGGUUUAGCAAUCAAAGAAAAUCCAGGAAUAGUAGGUCCACACCCUCUCUGUCUGAGAGAAUUGAUGAAAUUGCAGAAAAAUACCGACACAAACGAAAGGACAUUUUUGAAGGCAAGGGUGUUACACCUAUUGAAAACAAAUCGUUACAAAGUCUUACCAGCAGGCAAUUAACAGACCAACAGAAUAUUACCGUUUCUGAGGCGAAAGCAACGUCGGCUAUGGCAUUCAAUAAUUCAAAACAUUUUGACAAUACAAUGAAAAACAGCUAUUCUCAACAAACAGCUUUAAAUGAUAAUAUACAGCCGCGUGAGUUUGAAUCCACUUUCAAUAAGCCAAAGAAUCAAGUACCGAAUAAUGAUCCGUGGUUGCCUCUUCCUGCUAGUACCGGUAAUAUUUCCAAGACGAAAAGUGAACUGACCAAUGUUACUUCCAUGGAAGAAGUUAGAAAUGAAGAAAGUUUUAACAGAAAAGAUACACAACAGGUACAAGACAGCAAUCAGACAGAGCAGACAAAGUCAUUUGAUCCGUUUCACAUUUAUUCAGAAUGUAAACCUGAAAAUGUAGAAAUGCCUAGUCAAGAGACCAGUAAUGUGACGUUACAAGGGGAAGCGAUGGACUCUAAUGAUGCACUUAGGUAUGGGAUGAAACCGAACAUGGCCAUAAAUGGGAAUCAUUCAGACAGCGGAACCAGACGAGAACCAUUGGCGAUAACAAAGGAGGUUUAUACAGACAUUCGUAGAGCUGAUUCAAAACACGAACAUGCUGGUAAAGACGAUGACGAUGUUAGUUCGGCCAAGGACAGUGCGGUCGGCUACACGGUUUUUAGAGACGAAGAAAGUGAUUCUAAACAUUGCAUGAAACAGAAAGCAGAUGAUUUAUCGUUUUGCAGGGAGUUGCAUGAAAGUAUAGAUUUAACUCUGAGGGAACCAGUAACAACAACUCAGGAAUCACAUUCAAGUGGACAUGGCGAGGUUGCAACAGAUGGAGCUGGCAUUGUAAGUAAAGAUAAAUAUAACGCAUCUGACAGAGGCCAAAGUGCGGUAAAUGCUUCCCUUAAAACACCGUCAAGAGCAGUCGUAUCAGCUUUUGCUGAGGAAAUAGAUGAUGUCUCACUGCGUAACUGCGGCUCCAACACGCAAUCACUUCUCGAUCUUCCCGGUGACAUUACUGACAACGAUGUCGACAUGGACACUGACACUGAAUCAGUGAGGAGGAAUCUGUUUGAGAGUGUAAGAAGGGUGAAAAAAAUAUUACCUGAUGAGGACACCGAUGACACCGAUUAUUCAGACUUUCCUGCUACAAGAUAUAGGAAAACAAUGUCGUCAGCUUCGUCACAAGCCUCCAUUGAUCUGUUGGAUGGGGUUCCGGCGGCUAGACGGGAGGCAACCCGGCGACGGCGUGCUGCGCUCAUACACGUGUUCUCAUGGCUGGACGCGCGGACACUGGGAGCCGUGGCGCGUGUGUGUCGCGAGUGGCGCCUGGUGGCCCGCAGCCCCAGGCUGUGGAGGCGGGUGGAACUUAGUCACGGACAGAUAUCCUCACAGUUUCUACAAAGACUUGCAAGGCGCUGCGCCAAAGCCGAAGUUCUUAUAUUGGAAGACUUGUUACCGCGGCACCGGCGGCGGGACGAGGGCAUUGAAGACUACCACGAGAAUAUUAGAUGGUCCCUGGAGCCCGGGCUGGAUUGUCUCCUGAAGAAGGCAGAGGCCACCCUCCAUACCGUCACCAUAAUCAACUGUGGAAUGCUUCUCUCGGCAAAGAGUAUAUGGGCGGCAAGCGUAAGCUGCCGGCGUUUGCGUCACGUGACGUACCUUAGCGACCAGGACGCCGUAAACCAGGAGGUGAUGUGGGCGCUGGGGUCGGGAUGCCGAGACUUACACACUCUCAGGAUACACCCUAUCUUCCCCUGCACGGUCGCUGAGCGAUUCACGACCCGGUGCGCCCAGAUGAUUGGACAGUGCUUCCAGGAUCUGCGGACCCUCUCCCUAGGCGGUCAACACGUCGACGUAUCCGCGCUUGAGUUCAUAGUGAGCCGUUGUCAGAAGCUGGAACGCCUUGAGCUUCACCGGAUUCGUUUCCUUUCAUGUGAACUUGUCGACCGGAUGUGCCAGAGUGGGCUGGCGGACCUACAGGAACUGGCUUUCUACGGAACACCAGUAGCCAUCGGGGCAAUCCCGCUCUUUAACAGCCGCUGUGCGCACCUGCGGAGGAUCAUGCUCACUCUGAAGGAAGAUGACCACGUGACUGAUGGGGAGGAAGUGACGUCACUUCCGGAUUACGAAGAUCUUGUAGAUGGAUACAAGGAGUUGCAAAAGAGCGCCGCGCUGAGGUCCAAACUUCAGUUGGAUGUUGCCAGACCGAAAGUGAAAAAGGAAGCACCCAAAAUUACCGAACCUGAAGAAAAAUCGUUCUUCCAAAGUCUCUUUAGUUAAACUGUUUAAUUUAACUGAUGGUUUAUAAAUGUUGAUGAUAUACAUGUCUUAGUAUAAUUCCUGAUUACAAAGGUUAAAUAGAAACCAGUUAUUUAGAACGAACGGCCGAUCGCCCAUUUUGUGGGGACACAAACUCUCUUGGCAAAUAAGACACUAUCAGAGAUACAGAGCUAAAACAUCCACCUAUCAAGCUUGUUUGCCCUGAUAAUUGAUCUUUGAUGGGGAAUCCUCCAUACAUACACAUACUAGUUUUCCAUAUUGAUAUAAUCCUUAUUAUUGUUAGUCUAAAAAAUUGCAAGCCGGAAGCCGACAGACGCAGGGUAAUCAUUUAGAAGACUUUUUUCAUGCAAAAUUUCUUACUGCGUGUCCUACGUUUUAAGCGGUAAAUGCACUUAUGGAUGCCUUUGUGUGAGCCAGUGCGCAUGCGCGAGCCUCUGAAUGACUCGCUUAA